AUGGAACACACUCACUACCAAUAUCGCCCUCUUCUCAACCCCGAUAGCAUUCGCCUUAUCUCGGCAGACCUGGCUAUCAAUAAUGGCAUAUUGAGCUGUCAGUUGGUUGAAGUCGAUGUCGACAGCAAGAAAUCACCACCACCAUACCACACCUUAUCAUACACUUGGGGCAACCCUCACUCCGUCGCGAAAGAUGUACCUAACUCAGAGCUGGACAUCUUGAAACAGCCCACUAGAAUCACUGUUUCGGGUCCGCCAAGUAGUAUGGAUGCUUGGCCGUCGGGAAGCCUCUGGAUUACGAAAAAUCUACAUGACUUUUUACAAGAAUUCUGCCGCAACCCACCAAGUGAUGUUCAAUACAUCUGGGUGGAUUCAAUUUGCAUCAGCCAGACAGAUCUCGAUGAGCGGAACGCCCAGGUUCGGAUGAUGAGCAAGACUUUUGCAAACUGCGAAUCUGUGAUAGUCUGGCUCGGGCUCGAUGAUCCCGACACACCGACACCCUUUAUCGAGAUGGAGACUCUGAAUAAUUUCGCCGAUGACGACUUCGAUGCAAGAAUGAAAUUGGCGUCUGCUGGGCCGGAGAAGAUAUAUGCAAAUACCUCGUCGAUUUUCCAUUACUUGGAAAUAUCCCCAUUUACAGACGAACAAUGGGAAGGUCUGGCCCUCUUUCUAGACCGAUCGUGGUUCCACCGAGUAUGGACCAUUCAAGAGAGCCUCCUGCCUAGCAAUGGAGUGCUGUGGUGCGGCGAAUUUCGGACACCCAUCAAGGGAUUUCUUGAUCGUUCGCUCAUGGUUUUGGAUACUUACCUUGCAGAGCGAGGCAUAUCAGCUCUGAAGCAUCCGGAAAAUCAUUAUAAGGAAUACUCGCACAAGAUUUACUCAUCGGCAUUCAAAGACAGGAUCAGCGCUAUUCGUUCCAGGACCUCGAAAACAUUCCUUCGCGGGAAAUUGCACUCUAUUCAUGUUGCAACCCGCAUGAGCCGGAGUCGACAAUGCUCGGACCCCAGGGAUAAGAUAUUUGCGAUUCUCGGUCUUAGCACCUUCGACUGGCCAGUUGACGACAUUGACUACAAGAAGUCCGUCCAAGAUGUGUUUUUAGAGUUUUCUUCCAAGUCAUCACUAGGGCCCCUAUUGUAUUCUAUUGAAGACCCAUCUACCCGUGUCACGAUGGGUCUACCUUCUUGGGUACCCGAUUAUUGCGUUGAUCUUUACCCUGUUAGUUGGAUGACAAGGGGCGGUUCCAUCUAUAGCGCUGGCAUUCAAGGCGAAUGUCCCCUCAGGAGACUAGAUUCUCAGGAUAACAAGAUUCUCGCAGUGUCCGGGUUUGUCGUGGAUACAGUCGACGCCAUAGGCGCAGAUUACGACGAAAUGACGAAGGGCGGCGGCCUUCUUGAUUCACUCGAACUUUUGGAAGAAAAGUUAGACAACGGAAGUACUUAUGAAGACAUUAUCGAGGCGUUCUGGCGCACUCUAAUAGCUGAUUUGCCAGGAAACAGCAAUCGUCAUCCCAGUUCCAAAGUCUACGGACCUUCAUUUCGGAGCGCAUCUUUACACCUAAUCGCGGCCCAGAUUUUGAAAGCAGAAAUAAGCGGCAGUCAGUUGCUAUCGGUGAAAUCUCUUCUCGAAUCACUACUGGCGAAGAGCAAAUCUCACGACCUCCCCACCUGGGACGAUGUCUCUAACCUUGUUUCCUUGCUCUCAUCUGAUAAGACGCAAGGAAACAUCCUAGACACCACUUUGGGCGACAUGGAUAUAUAUCUAAACUCUUUGAGAGCUAUGUUUAUUUGUCGAAGAUUUUUUACUACUUCAAAAGGGCUGUUGGGUAUUGGGUCUGUGGUGGUACUCCCUGGUGAUAAAGUCGUGAUCCUUGAAGGCAGCGGGUACCCAUUCUUAUUGAGGGCUACAUCUGAUGGAAGGUACAGGUUGAUUGGGCAUGCUCACGUCCGUGGAAUUAUGUAUGGUGAAGCUCUGGGGACCAAGGAGUUCCAACGAAUUGAGAUUGAAUGA